GGCAGGCUCGAAAAUUUGAAUUUUGUGAGCAGGGACGUAACGGCUGUUGCCCAUCUAUUGAAGAGACUGCAUGUUCGGGCUGUCGUUCGGAAAUGGAUUUGCAGUCGAGCGCGUCGCUUCCCGCUCUGCAAACUAUGAAGGAUCGAAUGCGAGAAAAGAUAAAUGGUUCCUUAAAAGCGGCCAAGCUGAGCACUUCACUUGCUGCCAAAAUCAAAAACAAAACAUUGAAUAACUCCUCCAUCCUAAAGAUUUCCCUAAAGCACAAUAACAAAGCUUUGGCUUACGCACUGACGCUUGAGAGACAGAAGUCAAGGAGUUUGGAGAAUGAUAAAAUGUUCCUCCAGAAAGAGGUGAAGAUGCUGCAUUUUCAAAAUGCCCUUCUACGCCAAAACCUGAACAUUGUGAACAAGAUACUAAAGGAUAUUGACCUGUUUAUGGAUAUUCAGUUGCCAACCGCUAUCGAAAUCAGCAACAAUGCUGAGUCUCUUGAUCUGGAAUCGGAUGAGCGAAGAAGCAAACGUUUAAGUCACCAAAGCAGAUUUUCUUCGGAUGGUGGUCAAGGAUUUCGGUUGACGGGAGUUGCUCUGAGAGUUCCUUCAACAUCUGUAGGAGAUUGGAAGCAAGAGAACAGAGUUUCAUUAAGCUUGGGCACUGAAAAUGCGACAAACAAUGUCUGUUCUCUACAGCCCUCCGCUAAGAGAGGCACAUCACAAGGAGCGGAGAUUAAUAACACUUCUGCUGUAACUUCCACAGAAUGUCUUGCAUCAAAUGAAGCCGCUAACAGCGAUGGUGCAUCUUCUUUAAACAAUUGGGAGCUUUCUAAUGCGUUUGCUGAAUCAUGUAGCAGUAAGGACAUGUCGGCUUUUGUGACAAAGAGAAGAAAGCGGUCCACCGUGUCUCGUUCAAGUACCCAAUCUGUAAAAUCCGACUGUAGCCAACGAAGGUGCACAAACGGUUCCGGUAGAGAAAGCAGUGCCAGCUCACAGUGGGAGCAGGCGGCAGAUAUUGCCGUUCGGCCGGAUCUAACUUAUUCAGAAGCCGGUGCUGUAACCGGUGCUCCUCAGGAUGAUUAUACACAAAGCUGUGACAUUGACAGAAAAAGAAACAGCCGAUCCACAGUACGCUAUUCUGGUUCACAGUCUUUAACAAUGGAUUAUGAGGAAAGCCGAGACCCAAACAGUGAAAAUAGACUCCAUACACAGCAUGAGCGAGUUCCAGACAAAGUACCAUCAACAGAUCGUGUAGAACGCCACCCGGGACUAGUAAAUGCUGAACCAGAAAAAACAGUAUAUGCAGCAGAUAUGGAAAUGACCACUAGUGACGCUGCUGCAAUAGUUGCUGUCUCUUCUAAAAACAAAGCUCAAAUUAGUAAAGACAAAUCAACUGUGCCUUCAAAAUGUGAUGGUACUUUAAGAAAGGUGAAGCAUUCAGCAAGGGAGAAGGCUAAAAGCAAAAGUAGUCUAAAAACCGUUCCAUGUGUUACUGAAGAAGCCACAAAAGCUACAAUGAAAGAGGAAAGUGGGUUUGACUCCAAUAUAAAGGUUACACGAGUUCAAGAUGGUCAGAUGACCUUACAACCAACCACUAAAACUUAUUUGGAUACACAGUUGAGUAAGAAAUUUGAAGGUCACAAAACACGCGUUUUAACACAGCCCAUUAAACAAGAACAGCACAGUUUCUUUGUAAAUGAAGUAGAUGCGGAUAUUAUAAUGGAAAAUACAAACUUUUCAGACACUAUUGUUGCAAGCUUGACAUCUGCCAAUGAGAUGUUUGCGUUAGGACCUGAUCAAAUGGAGACCUAUCCUGCUCCAGAAGAAAGACCGUUAAAAAGAGUAAGGUAUGAUUCUUCAAAACAAAGAAAACUAAACACCGCUACUAAAGUAUGUGAUGUUGAAAGUUCUAAAAAGAAAAAGUGUAAAAAGCAGAAACCAAAGAUAGACCCAAGGGAACAUGAGAAAAAUAUAAUACAGGGAAAACUAGACAUGGUGCCCAAGGAGACUGUUGAUGAAGUGAAAGAUCUCAAAAAAAUGGAGAACCUAUCUGGUAUUGCCCUUUGUAAUUUGGCAAGUAGAGAAACCCAAAUCCGAAGAGAAACUUAUGUGGUGGACGCUACUGGAAUAAAUCGUUCUCCUGCACCUCAGCCUGCUUCUAAGGGAAAUGGUUUUCAUAGUAGGAGGGAAACCUAUGUGGUUAACCCUUCUGAUGCGCAUCAUCUCUCUGCAGCUCAACCUGUGUUUAGAGAGAAUAAGUUUAGUUGUAGGAGAGAAACCUAUGUGGUUGACCCUUUUGAAGCAUACCAUCCUUCUGCAGCGCAACCUUUAUCUAGAGAGGAUAGGUUUAGUUGCAGGAGGGAAACCUAUGUGAUUCCUGAAUCCGCUCCAGCGGCACUCAGUAUUCAGAAGGAUGCUCAGGGCUCUGAAAAAAAGAAUGUGAACAAUCCGGUGCUGAGCUGUGGACCUGCACUGAGCACUUCUGAUCUUCUUGUUGGCCCAGAUCCUUCUCAAGAAAAUAAGAAAAGUGUGCAUGCAAGAAAGUAUAAAAGGGACACUGAACCAUUCUUCGCAUUUGCUGAAGGAUCUCAAACAUUGACCAAUGGCUCUUUACAAAAUGAAAUAAGUGGCUUUUCACAUUCCACAUUUAUUAUGCGGGAGGACAAACAAGAGUUGUCUGACUGCUUAGGUAAUGAGAAUGUCACACUUGUCCAGGAAACCAUGACAGAUUUGCUUUUUAACCAGCCUAAGAAGAUAACUGAUCCGUUGGCGUUUUAUAUGUCAAAUGAACAGGAAUCUUUCAUGUUGGAUAUGGUUAGUGAGUCUGUUCUUGAAACAAUGCUAGAAAGUCCAAGCUUUUUACAGGUCUCCUCCAUCACAAACAAUGAAAAUACUUCACUUGCUACAGACAGGUCACUGUUGCUCAAUAUUCCAUUAGUGGAGCUCCCGGCAUCCGAGGAGCCAUCACGUCUUCCUGAAAAUUCCAGUAGCCUGGAUGAAACCAUUGAAAAUCAGCCAAAAGAUGCAAGUGAAGGAGAAAUGAAUCUACACUGUAAGGACCUUGACCAAACAUCUGACCAUCAAGAAACAGGCAAGUAUCGAGCUUUGAACAUUGAUUAUAAUAAUGUUCCCCGACUAUUGAAGCUUACAUAAUAGUGAGAACUUACUCAUUUGUGUUCACUUAUUCUGUUGUGAUGGAAUGUUCCUAGGAAA